AUGCAGAUUCGGAGAGCGGUACCUAGCCAUUUCUUCUUUUCCUUCUUUCGUUCCCAGCCUCACACCAAUCAAGUUGCGCUGUCUUCAUCGCUUUGCGUUUCCCAACCAACCAACGCUCCUGUUUCGCCGGCGCAUGGCGGCCUUGUGAAUCGCAGCGCUUUUGCUUCUGCGCAUUCCGCCGCGUGUCGCUGCGGCGCAUGUGCCCUUCUACCCGCACGCGCAGGCUCCCAGCGCCCAGCCGGAGUGGCGGCGCUCUCCACGCAAGCGGCCUUCCGCGCUCCGCUCGCUGGAAAUGCAUCUGAUUCCGCGUGUCGCUUCCUCGCGUUGCACGCGCGGGGCUUCGCGACUGUCGGCGUCUGCGACAUCCGGCAGGGCAACAUUGUUGUGAUUGACGGCCGAACAGUCGAAGUCACCGAGUGGCGGCAGAUUAAGUCGGGACGAGGGGCCGCGUCCAUCGGGCUUUCGUUCAUCGACUUGGCGACGUUCAAGGCGGGCGAAGCAAACUUUUCCGUGAACAAGAAGCUGGAGUCAAUCCAGCCGGAGAAGAAGACGUACCAGGUGAUGUACGUCGAUGAAGAAAACAGCGUGGUUGUGCUGGCAGACGAGAACUUUGACGAGGCGGAAUUUCCUCUGAGGCUCUUUGGAGGGCCGUCAGUUGCUCCUUUUCUGAAACCGGAGUUGAAGGUGGUGGCAUCGCUGCACGACGGCCUGCCUAUCAAAGUUUCGCUUCCUCCAGCGGUUGUUCAGCAGCUCAAGUGA